GUGUAAAUACUAGCAGUACCCAUCCUCUCUCACCUCCCCGCCACACCAAGAUGAUGUUACCAUGGGCCAAGAAGUGCUUGGCUGAUCAAGCAAGGGUAUUCAGCAAAUCAUUGGCCGUUCAAGGAUUUGUUCGUUUCAACUCUACUCCUGCUACUACUAGUGCACCAAAGUCUACUUCCUCAUUUGCAGACGACCAAAUUGAUGAUUUCGACUUGGAAGCUGCUCAUGCCAGAUACAAGCAACAAAGAGAAUUGCUUGCCAAAAGAGCAGUCAUGAAAUCAUUCGACAGAGGCCACUUAUUGCCUGGUUCUACCCACCGUAGAAUGCCAGUCCAUGAACACUUACACAAGGGUAAACCAGUACGUGAAUUAACUGUACAUAAAAAGAAAACUGCUGGUAGAAACAGUACCGGUAAAAUCACCGUUCGUGGUAGAGGUGGUGGUCAUAAGCAAAGAGUAAGAUUGGUCGACAGUUAUCGUAUGACUUCGGGUAAACAAAAGGUAAUUCGUAUUGAAUAUGAUCCAAACAGAUCUGCCCAUAUCGCAUUAAUUGAACAUGAAGAAACCAAAAACCUUUCAUACAUAUUAGCCCCUCAAGGUUUAAGAAGUGGUGAUUUUGUUGAAUCUUUCAGAGAAGGUAUCCCUGAAGAUUUCAUUGAAGAUAUGAAGAAAACCAACAAUGGAGAAAUCGAUGAUGCCUUAUUAUCGGCCAGAAUCUUGAAAAGAGGUAACUGUUUACCAUUGAACAUGAUACCUAUAGGUUCAAUCAUUCACAAUAUUGGUUUACGUCCAGGAGGAAGAGGUCAAUUGGUCAAAGCAGCUGGUACUUUUGCCAAACUUGUAUCUAAAUUCCCAGAACAAAAGAAGGUUGUUAUUGCCUUGGCAUCCGGAGAACAACGUUAUGUCCACAUAGAUUGUCAUGCUACCUUAGGUACUGUUUCCAACCAAGAACAUAAAUUAAUCAGUUGGGGUAAGGCCGGUAAGAGUCGUCAUAGAGGGUUCAGACCACAAACUAGAGGUGUGGCCAUGAAUGCCAACGACCAUCCUCAUGGUGGUGGUAGAGGUAAAUCCAAGUCUAACAAGACUCCAAGAUCCAUGUGGGGUACUUUGAAAUUCGCCAAGACUAGAAAGGGUAAGAAAGAAAACAAGUAUAAGGUUAAGGAUAGAAGAGACUAAUUUUAAUUUUAUAUUCAUUUAUUCACCUGUAUAUAUAUAUAUUUAAUGAAACGAUUCUAGAAGAAAAUAGCAAAAGAUAGUAGCAAAAUAAUAGUUUGUGUCAGAUCUGACAAAACGAAGGUAGUGUCAGUGGUUGUAAACUAUGGAUAAACUGACAAAGCAAAGUUCUGGCUAAAAGUACCAACAAAUCUAAAUUUCCAGUAGAGAAGAGGAUAAUUAUAACCAGAAUCAACAAAAUCGUAAUAAGUGAUGCAAAGGCAAAGGAUAAAUUACUAGAAUAUCCAUUCCGUAAAGAUCCAAGUAACCAUCUUUCUAAAAAUUGAAAUAUAAUUGACCCAAUACUACCAUCAAGAUGAACUGUACCGGUACCAGAAUUGGAAGGAACAUUGUGAAUAGGAAUCAAAGGCUGUCUUUCUCCAUUUGAAUAACCAAAUAAUCUUCUAAGGCAAUUAAAUGGACGAGACCAUAUUGAUUGAUUCUGGUGUAAUACAAUUUCUCUCUGCAGAUGUGGUCUACUUGCCUCAGGAGACCUGGCAGCGGAAUAAUAGAUUGCACUGGUAGUUAACUCACCCAAUUGACCUGCUAAUUCCUCAUCAAGAAGUUGUUCGUUUUCAUUCGCUUCUUCUUCAGGCAUGAUGUUGUUUUCACCAAAGAACAUAGUAGAGUAAGGAGGGAGGGGGAUUGUUUAUUUAGAGAAUUCU